AUGAGUGGCUUCGAAAUAGUUGGGGUUGUUCUGGCUGUCUUUCCGAUUAUUACCCAAGGUCUCAAGUUCUAUUCUGAGGGAACGGGGUUAGUCAACGACUUUUUUCAUUACCAGCAUGUUUUGAAACGCAUCGGUCGAGGUCUGGCCCGUGAGCAAACCAGCUUUAGCAACUCUUGCAGGCGAUUCAUGGAAGAUGUUGCCAAUCAAUGCGGAGUUGGGGAAGAAGAGAUAGCCGAGAUGAUGCAGGAUCCAACAGAUCCCCGAUGGAGGGAAGGAGAUCUUGUCAAGGAACAUGUCUUUUGUCAAAAGUCUGUGCAGGAAUACAUAGAUACGGUGGAGGAUAUGAACGAGGAACUGGCCAAGAUCAGGGACUUGACUGCUAUAGACGGAGAUAACAGUCAAUCCAAACCCCUCGAUAAAAAGUCUCGUCGGCGACAAUGGAAGAAGAUCAUCCUCGUGCUCAAGAAAGAUGAUAUUACCCGACACCUUGAAGAAGCCGGGCGCCUGAACACCUUUCUGGCGCGAUUGACGGAACAAAAUCAGCCUGUAACGGCUACACGUCGUAUUUCACGAAGAAGCACUAAGCACUACGUGCGGAUCCGCGCUCACGCGAUUGAUCUUUAUGAGAUAUUUCAGAACAAAUUUCCAGCAUCAUCUAGCUGCAAUUGCAUGUUGCAGCACGAUGUGAACAUGAAACUUGAAUUCCGCAGUGCGAAAACUACCGCAAAAGGCCUCUAUUUCCACGCAGUAUUUACUUCCAAUAUUGCGUUUCCUUCGAGAAACUGGCGAGAGAUUGAGAUGGAGCCUUGGAAAACUGAUGAAACCAAGCUGUGCCAGGACACAGAGCGUCAUGCCCAAGUGAGGUUUGCCGAUCCUCCCUCUCAAACAGAAUCCAAUUAUGAAGUUAUCUCCGACCUAUGUGCAACAAUAAUAGAGCCACCAUCAUCACGGGAUUGGCUGGGGUUCAUUGCAAGUUCUGCGUGA